CCUCUUUCACAUGUGGCAAUUGGGGCAAUUUGGAAAUUUUCACAGCAUAGUACUGGGGGAAUGAAUUUUGCCAUAAAAUUAGAACCAACUACUCUCACGUCAGAGCCUUGACAGGCUCCAUUUGUUCUGAUCAGAUAUAAGUAUUGUUGACACCCAUUCAUUUUCCUCAUUUCUAAAAUCAUUAUUUCAGCAUUUUUGCUGCAGCAACAAGCAUGGCAGAGUCAUCAUCUUCCCUUCCACUUAAGGACCGGGUGGCAAUAGUUACUGGUGGUUCUCGUGGGAUUGGCCGUGCCAUUGCCAUUCACCUUCAUUUUCUAGGUGCAAGAGUUGCUGUUAAUUAUGCUUCAAAUUCUAGUCAAGCUGAUCUUUUGGCAUCUGAGCUUAAUGCCUCGAAUUCUCCUGAUCAUCCCAGAGCAGUUGCUAUCAAAGCUGAUGUUUCAGAUCCUGAUAAAGUCAAGCUACUAUUUGAUAAAGCUGAACAAGAAUUUGGCUCAAAAAUACAUAUCCUUGUCAACUGUGCUGGGAUGAUGGAUCCAAAGUAUCCAACCCUGGCAAAUACAACAGUGGAGGACUGGGAUAUGACAUUCAAUAUCAACACUAAAGGAUCAUUCCUUUGUUGUCGUGAGGCAGCUAACCGUUUGACACGGGAAGGCGGGGGAAGAAUCAUAAUGAUCUCAACAUCUCUUGUGGGAUCUCUUCUGCCAGGAUAUGCAGCUUAUGUUGCUUCCAAGGCAGCUGUUGAGGCUAUGACCAAGAUCUUGGCUAAGGAACUGAAAGGCACAAAAAUAACUUCUAAUUGUGUUGCUCCAGGGCCCGUAGCCACAGACUUGUUCUUUGCUGGUAAAACUGAAGAAACUAUCAAGAGAUUUGUGGAUUCCUGCCCUUUAGGUCGAUUGGGUGAGCCCAAGGAUAUAACAGGGAUUGUGGGAUUUUUAGCCAGUGAUGCCGGAGAAUGGACCAAUGGGCAAGUAAUUAGGGUCAAUGGAGGAGUUGUUGUAUAAACAGCAUCAUGAUAUCUUGAUAAUAUGUCUUUUUUUGUUCAUGCUCAUGUAUUGGGAGCUGAGAUUAUUGUCUCCACCGAACCAUCUAAAAUUUUCUUUUUGCAAAUCUGAUAAUAAAAUAGUGAAGCAUAUGAAAUGAGACAUGGAAAAUUUCCAUUUUUAGAAAAAAAUGAUUCUGUAGCCAAUCCAGC